AUGCCCUCCAUUUUCGCCUGGCUUCGGCGGGUCUACUCGCUAGACACACUUGACACCCGUUUCACCUCCUCAAACCCUGCCCAAGACACACGAGGUGCCUCCAAAGAUGCCCGCGCCAAUGCAAUCACCCAGGGCGCGUCACCUUCACUUUGGCGCACACCAGAAUUCUUUGUCUACUACUUGUUCUUUAUUGUGCUUGUCCCAUUGAUGUUCAAGACUGUCAUCGAUGUCUCAAAGGAAAGCCACCCAAGCUAUUCCACAUACUCUCAUCUUUUAUCAUCCGGUUGGAUCCCUGGUCGUCAGGUGGACAACUCCGAUUCGCAAUAUGAAGGUUUCCGCGACAAGAUCCAUUUACUUCUGCUACUCCUGAUCGCCCAUCCUUUGGCUCGCCGUGUUUAUCAGUCGUUCACGACUCGCUCGAAUGUGGAAACGAAACAGUUGAGCCAUUCCGUGAAUGGUGCGGCCGAAGCGCAACUUGAACAGCGAAUGCGCUUCGACUUUUGGUUCGGAUUGAUCUUCAUAACAGCACUUCAUGGAGUAUCCGCUCUCAAAGUGUUGUCGAUUCUGUAUAUCAACUUCCGAAUCGGCAAGGUUGUUCCUCGUUCCUACGUGCCUGCCGCCACAUGGAUCUUCAACAUCUCCGUCUUGUUUGCCAACGAAUUAAGCGGUGGUUACUCUUUCGAGCGGAUAGUGAAGGUUUUCGCUCCCGGGUCUGGGACAUUAGAAGAUAGUGCCACAGGGCUAGUCCAAUGGGCUCAGACUCUAGAUGAUCUUGGGGGACUGAUGCCGCGAUGGGAGAUCUUUUUCAAAGUCACAGUGUUGCGCCUCAUUAGCUUCAACAUGGAUCGCCACUGGAGUGCAGACUACCCCGCGGCAAGCCCAAUUGAAAAGAAGCAACUAGACCCUGCAACCCUCUCUGACCGUGAUCGGGUCAAGAUCCCGGCAGAAGCAACCGCUUUUACAUUCCGCAACUACAUCGCCUAUGUGCUCUACGCACCUUUGUAUGUGGCCGGUCCAAUAUUGACAUUCAACGACUAUGUAUCUCAACAGCGAUAUACAUCGGCGUCGCUCACUCGAGCUCGCAUCAUGAUGUACGCCGUCCGCUUUGGCCUCACCCUGCUCUGCAUGGAGCUUAUCCUCCACUACAUUUAUGCGGUAGCAAUCUCGAAAGCUGACCCAGACUGGUCCGUCUUCACUCCGGGGCAACUGAGUAUGCUCGCGUUCUUCAACCUGCACAUAAUCUGGCUGAAACUCCUCAUCCCCUGGCGGUUCUUCCGUCUCUGGGCCCUCGUAGACGGGAUUGAUCCACCGGAAAACAUGGUCCGCUGCAUGUCCAACAACUACUCUGCCCUCGCCUUUUGGCGCGGUUGGCACCGCUCCUACAACCGCUGGAUCGUCCGCUACAUCUACAUCCCGCUCGGCGGUGGUCGUGGUGGUGGUGGACGUCGGCCACCCGGAGCACCCAAACCAGCUUCAUCUCCUUGGUCCAACUUCAUGGGCAAGUUCCUCCAAAUCCGCAACUUCCUGCUGGUCUUCACCUUCGUUGCCUUAUGGCACGAUAUCAACCUCCGCUUGCUCAUGUGGGGCUGGCUUGUUACUCUCUUCGUUCUACCAGAAGUUUUGGGAGGCAUGUUUUUCCCGGCCCAUCGCUGGCGCUCUCGUCCCACUACGUAUCGUGUCCUCUGCGGCAUUGGCUCCGUUGGGAACGUCCUCAUGAUGAUGAUCGCAAACUUGGUCGGCUUUGCGUUGGGUAUCGAUGGAUUAAAGGAUCUGCUUGCCAGUCUAACAGGCUCAUACUCUGGCCUAGCAUACAUGGUUUCCUGCUGCGUAGUACUUUUCGUCGGCGUGCAGGUUAUGUUUGAGGUUCGCGAAGACGAGCUCCGCGCGGGCAUCAACCUGAAAUGUUGA